AUGCAAUCGGGCACUUCCGGUUAUCAAAGUCUUCAAGCGGCUUCAGAAGGUUCUGGAGGUGGACUGUCGCCGGUUUCUGCCAACGAUUCCGCUGCCUUGGCUGGAAACGCCUCACUUUCUUCAGCAUCUUCCGCCUCUUCGGCGACCUCAACGACGCUAAAUCUGCUCGAUGCGACGAUGAACACCAACCUCAAUAAUGCCAGCAACUACUCCUCUUCAAACUCCACCGCUCCGCUUUCGCCCGCCUUUGGCGGUGGUGGUGGUGGUGGUGAACUUCGAAGUAUCCUCAAGAAGUCCACCUCGCCGACGCCCAAUUCCAAUGCUAACGCUAAUGGUCGACAGAAGGAACAACAUUAUCUCGGAGAGUACUACCACCAAUCGGCGGUGCAGCAGAUUGCCGCUGAACUUUCGGCGACGCCGCUUGGAGGAAGUGGUGGAGGUCAAAGUUCGAAUACUUCAACUUCGAACACAUCGAACACCACCACCACCACCACCACCCACGCCCAGCCCGGACAGUACCAGCAGUUUCACAGUGAUCUCAACAAGAGUCUGGAGGAGAAGCUGCGCAUCGGCCAGUGA